AUGGGUAUUGAGGAUGAAAUUAGACAGGUAGAUAAAAGGCUAGCGGUUUACUCACCAGAUACUCAGCUCAACAACUAUAUCAAUGCAGCUUCAGAUGUUAACGGGCUGUGUUAUUCUAUUCUCAACGGCAAAUUGAGCGAUGAAGACGAUUUGACAAAAGAAAAACUGAACAAACUUAAACGUGAGAUUCGUCUGAAACUCAUUGAAGCCCAGCUAUAUAUCGAUUCAGAAAAGAUAAAGACCAAGAUCGAAGAUGAAGCCUCCCAAGAAAACAUAGAUCAAAUAAAGCGUCAAAUGAAAGAUAAUUUACCUCUGAUACAAAAGUUAAAUGAUGAGAUUAGGAGAAGAAAUCAUAUGCUGAAAUCAAUGAACGCACAUAUUAGCAUGGCUAACGAUAUCCUCGCUGACAUGUUCAAUGGAAACUCUGAGCUUAGCGCUACAAAAGAAAAAUGGGAAAAUAUUCUGGGGGCGACAGCUUUUGCUAAGCUAUCCAGCUCAGGAGUCUUCAAAUCACGUAUAAGUUUUAAGGAAGGUGUAGAUGGGGAUAAGAAAGAAAUUGAAGAGUUGGUGGUUUAUUCCAAUUUCUCAAAGGAUACUUCAGCUUUGAAAAAAACCAAUGAGUUGGUGAAAGGCGACAUAAAAAGAUUAACUGAAGAGCUAGCGAGCUAUAAAGCAAAAUGGUCCCACAACGCCGAGGUUUUCGAUAAAAUUUCGGAAAUUUUGAAAGUUGAGAUGGCCGAAAGAAACAUAUUGAAACCUGAAGAGCCGGAGGAUAAAGAUGAAGAAGAGGGGAGAGAUAGCGGCAAAUAUACUCCGCAUGACUCAGGGCCAGAACUUGAUGAGCUUGAGGAAGAUGUUGAUGAAGCAGCAGAGAGCGAUGAAAAGAUUCUAGAUGACUUCGGCAGCCCGGUGAGAGACGGGCCCGACGAUCAGGAGAAUGAAGACGUGGAUAUGGAAGGUGAGCAUUCUAAUGUGACAAAUUUAGCAGAGAAGGCUGAGGGUAUCCCAGAUGAUGCGGCUCGAAGCCUGGGUAUGAAAUCAAGCAGUAUGUCGCCAGAAACUCCAGAUAUAGAAUAG